AGCGUGAUGGGUAUAUUUGGGGUAUGCCACUGUGGACACUCGAAGAAAUGAUGCGAGGUUUGGAGAUACAUAGAAUAUUCAUUCCAUUUAUGAACGCACUACGUGAGGCACUCAAUAUCGAAUCGGAGGCUGGCGUGCAAACUUGCACCAUGCUCGGUGCUGUUGCGCGAGAGGAAAGCAAACCUGGCUGCACUGAAUCAGACAAUUCUGACGACAAUAAUGCGAUGCUUGUUGACAGCGACAAUACGGCACAAAUGAACCUGUCAUACGCUGGCUCGAGGGUUCCAGAGCCUACCAAAGAAGGUGCGACAGUUAUUAAAGGAAUGAAUGCUGUUGUCAAGGAGGAUGCUAUCAGUAGUUCCAUGAGGUUUGCGAAGGACGACAAAGGCAAUAGGAACAACGCGGAGACAGUGUUCAAAUUGCUGGUAAAGGAUGCAGUCCAUCGAUAUGGUGAAGCUGCUCGUGAUAUUAAGAGUGCUGUCUUCGACGGGUUUGCGCAAGCCGAAAAGAAGUAUCGAGCAGCGCUCACCUUGGAUACAGUGACUCUUGACGCGCUCAUAGAUGCACUAGCAUGUAUAGGAACAGAACAGGUGCCGGAUCCGGAGUCUUUUUCCCAUAAGCUCUUCUCGGUCGAACCAGUCGGAGGAGAAACUCAAUUGUCCUACGGACAUGAUACGUUUGUCCCGAAGUUCAAGUCCGACCAAAUAGGCAAGAUAGUUAUGGAGAGAGUACGGCGCUUGCAUGUUAAUCAAGCUAGGAAGUUUUCCCACCUGUUUGGGUUGUUUCCCGAGUCCUCUACACUAGGAGGUUGGAUCUUUGAAUCUUACGCCUGCCAUCUACUAGGAUCUGGCAAUAUUCAACAACGCUUGAUCCCUAUGCUUUUUAAAUCCUGUACAGAUACACAUCGUGUGUAUGAAGCUCGAUUACAUGAAGACUCAGGAACACGGCUACUGAAUCGCAUGAGAAAGCAGGCCUCCGUCACCUUCCCGGACGGAAAACUAGUGUUGGAUAAGGUAGACAAUAUCGAAGAUUGUCUCUGGGUCCCAGCACCUCGGAACCAUCCGCUCUUUGAUGCAUUCUUUGUGGACUUGGAUGUAAAAGACUCUUCUGUUACUAGCACAAUAUGGAUUGCUCAGAUGUCUUUGUCUGCAACACACAGCGGCUCGUCAGCAGGAUAUGCACAUGUCAAAUCUAUUGUACAGAAGGUUCAGACACGGGCAGAAAUGCUUCUCAAACCGGAUGGGGUACUGCAGAAUAGAGACACUAUAUCUCAGCAGAAGAUUUCAGUUAAGUACCUCUAUGUAUGCCCUAUGCCUGAACAACAGUGCACUUGGCGAUUGCCUUCUAACGGCUGGAUAAAUACAGUACAAGGGGAUGUGUUCUGCUUACAUCUUAACUGUCAUAGUUAUUUACCUUCCUAA